AGUCAUAGUGAGCUUUGAACGCCAGGGCGCUAGCACGGGGAGAGAGCUUCUAUGCGCUUCAAACCCUAAGGCGUUUGGGCGCAUCGAUCAUGCCGGUCGCGGCUUCCGCGAUCUACUUCCUCAACCUGCGAGGGGAUGUGCUCAUCAAUCGCCUCUACAGGGACGAUGUCGGAGGGAACAUGGUGGACGCCUUUAGAACGCAUAUCAUGCAAACCAAGGACUUGGGAACUUGCCCCGUUCGCCAGAUUGGUGGAUGCUCCUUCCUCUACAUGCGGAUCAGCAAUGUCUACAUUGUGAUCGUCGUCAGCAGCAAUGCCAAUGCUGCCUGUGCUCUCAAAUUUGUCGUGGAGGCUGUGGCUCUUUUCAAGAGUUAUUUCGGUGGUGCUUUUGAUGAGGACGCUAUCAGAAAUAACUUUGUGCUCAUCUACGAGCUUCUCGACGAGAUCAUGGACUUUGGAUACCCGCAAAAUCUUUCUCCUGAGAUUUUGAAGCUCUAUAUAACUCAGGAGGGUGUUCGUUCGCCAUUCUCGAAGCCCAUAGAUACAAGACCCCCAGCAAAUGCUACUCUUCAAGUCACCGGUGCAGUGGGAUGGAGAAGAGAGGGUCUUGUUUACAAGAAAAACGAGGUGUUUUUGGAUAUCGUGGAGAGUGUGAACCUUCUUAUGUCACAAAAGGGGACAAUCCUCAGAUGCGACGUAACAGGGAAGAUUCUCAUGAAGUGCUUUCUAUCGGGCAUGCCUGAUCUAAAGCUCGGGCUCAACGACAAAAUAGGACUUGAAAAGGAAGCACAGGUGAAAGCGCGUCCUGCAAAAAGUGGGAAAACGAUAGAGCUGGACGAUGUCACGUUUCAUCAGUGCGUCAACUUAACCAGAUUUAACUCCGAGAAGACGGUCAGCUUUGUUCCUCCGGAUGGAGAAUUCGAGCUGAUGAAGUAUCGAAUCACUGAAGGGAUCAACCUUCCCUUUCGAGUUUUUCCCAGCAUCAAAGAACUUGGUCGCACGCGUAUGGAAGUGAAUGUGAAGGUCAAGAGUCUCUUUGGAUCAAAGAUGUUUGCUCUUGGCGUAGUUGUAAAAGUUCCAGUCCCUAAGCAGACGGCAAAAGCGAGCUUUCAAGUUACAUCCGGCCGCGCCAAGUAUAACGCCUCAGUGGAUUGCUUGCUAUGGAAGAUCCGGAAGUUCCCCGGCCAAGCCGAGCUGACAAUGAGUGCCGAAGUGGAACUUAUCUCAACGAUGGUCGAGAGAAAGAGCUGGACACGACCACCAAUUCAGAUGGAGUUUCAAGUCCCAAUGUUCACUGCCUCUGGAUUGCGGGUGAGGUUUCUCAAGGUGUGGGAAAAGAGUGGAUACAGCACAGUGGAAUGGGUACGCUACAUCACAAGAGCUGGAUCGUACGAAAUAAGGUGCUAAAAAAACGUGAGGGAAGGGAAGAAAAUUUUUUGUUUGUUUUCCUUGUUGCAAUGUGUGUAAAUGUAAUCCCUU